AUGGCCCUAAAUGUGUUUGAUCACGAUGAAUACAGGCCACCGGUAUGGAAGUCCUAUUUGUAUCAACUCCAGCAGGAGGCGCCACACCCACGUCGAUUGACCUGCACGUGUGAGGUGGACAAUCGACCCAAAUACUAUGGAAGAGAGUAUCAUGGGAUGAUUUCCAGAGAGGAGGCCGACCAACUUCUGAGUCAGGCCGAAGGCAGCUACCUCAUCCGAGAGAGUCAGAGACAGCCGGGCACAUAUACACUUGCGCUGAGGUUUGGUAGCCAGACAAGAAACUUCCGUCUUUACCAUGAUGGAAAGCACUUUGUAGGAGAGAAGAGGUUCGAGUCCAUCCAUGAUCUGGUCACAGAUGGCCUCAUCACUCUUUAUAUUGAAACCAAGGCAGCGGAGUACAUUGCCAAGAUGACUAUUAACCCUAUCUAUGAGCACGUGGGCUACACUACAUUGAACCAGGAGACCACUCUGAAGAAACACUUGGUACAUAGCAUGGACGCCAUUGAUGGCCCAGCUCCCAUCAAAGAUGAUCGCAACACUGAGGAGCGGCUCACAUCGCUAGUGCGUCGAGCCACACUGAGGGAGAGUGACAUGGUGCCCAAAUACGAGAAGGUUCACAACUUUAAGGUUCAUACAUUUCGUGGCCCUCACUGGUGUGAGUACUGCGCCAACUUCAUGUGGGGACUCAUUGCUCAAGGAGUCAAGUGCGCAGACUGCGGGUUGAACGUCCACAAGCAGUGCUCAAAGGUCGUGCCAAAUGACUGCCAGCCAGACCUGCGUCAUGUCAAAAAGGUGUACAGCUGCGACCUGACCACACUGGUCAAAGCGCACAACACCAAAAGACCUAUGGUUGUCGACAUGUGCAUUCAGGAAAUUGAAGCCAGAGGUCUGCAGUCGGAGGGUUUGUAUAGAAUAUCUGGUUUCAGCGAGCUGGUUGAAGACGUCAAACUAGCGUUUGAUAGAGAUGGUGAGAGGGCAGAUAUCUCGUCAAGCGUAUAUGAGGACAUAAACAUCAUCACUGGCGCACUCAAGCUGUAUUUUAGAGAGCUGCCAAUUCCCCUCAUCACAUACGACGCCUACCCACGUUUCAUAGAGUCUGCAAAGAUCUCUGACGCAGAAAAGCGUCUGGAAUCCCUCCACGAUGCCCUGAAGCUACUGCCGCCGGCUCACUGCGAGUCACUGCGGUACCUCAUGGCUCACCUUAAGAGGGUGACCCAGUGUGAGAAAGAGAACCUCAUGUCCAGUGAAAACCUGGGAAUCGUGUUUGGGCCCACGCUGAUGAGAUCACCUGACCUCGAUGCUAUGACGGCACUCAAUGACAUUCGCUACCAAAGGCUGGUGGUUGAAACGCUCAUUACCAAUGAGGACGUGUUGUUCUGA